GGGAGAGAAAUCCUUUCCAAUCCAUUCCUACGCUUCUUUCUUGUCGAGUUUCCUCAGACUUGCCAUUUUCUCUUCUAUUUUCUUUCAAGGUAAAAAUAGCUGUCUCCAUGGCCGAUCGAUGGAUUCCAGACCAACAUAUACACAGACAGAUCCAUAAAUAAAGAGAGAGAGUCAGAGGACCCAAUCUGGAGAGAAACAGAAGAUUCACAAAUCGAUUUUAAAAUCGUUUUUCCGGAUCGUCGCGAGACGGAUGACGAGGGAGCUUCCUUCAUAAGCGAAAGGGGCUUCCUUGUGGAAGAGAAGAGAUCAACCCACGAAGCGAAAUUACAAAAAUCAGAGAUUUCUGAUCGAAAGGCCAUCGCCAUUUCCGGGUUCGGGAAAUGGAUUUCAAGGAGAAUAACGACGACCCAUCUCCGGAGGCAUCUUAUUUAUCAUCUGUUGAGGACCUUGAGACCUCAUGCUGGGGUUGUGGAUCUCACCUUAUACUCUCGUCAUAUGCACCCAUUUUCAAGUGUGGCUGGUGUGGGGCUAUAACUAACCAAAAUUCAAGGAAGAAUGAAAACAAGGGCUUUUGGUGGCGUUGCUUGCGGGACCGGUGCUUCGUUUGUAUCCUCAUUGCAUUUAUGCUCUUUGUGAUCUGUGCUGGGGUGUGGGCUGCUUUCCCAGUUGUGUUUUCAGUUUCUAAUUUUUGGGGCAUUUUCCACUCCAUCAUUGCAGUAAUAUUGUCGGUGGCCACCCUUUCUACAUUUAGCCUUGCAGCAUUCAGGAGUGCAGGUGCACCACCCAUCAUACCAUGGGGUAACUAUAGUGUAGUCGGCAAAGGGGGUCUUGACAACUAUACCUACUGUCAGUAUUGUUCGAAGCCCAAGUCCCCUCGGGCUCAUCACUGUAGUACAUGCAGAAUGUGCAUCUUGGACAUGGAUCAUCACUGCCCUUUUAUUGGGAACUGCGUUGGAGCAGCAAAUCACCGCUCCUUCAUCGCCUUCCUCAUCUCGGCGGUGAUCGGCACCACCUAUGUUUCUGUCAUGGCUGCAUACACAGGGCUUCACAUCUGGCCCUCAGUGAAGUACAACUCACUCGAUCUUGUGCGCCGAUCCAGCAAUGGCUUUGCGUUCAGCGCGGUGAAGGAAGUCGUGCUUGCCUUCCUGAGAUCGGCAGUGUUCCUUUCUGCGCGAGGGCUCGUACUUGUUUACCUCUUCAUGGCGAGUGUUUCUGUGGAGAUCGGGCUGUGCGUGCUUCUAUGGCAGCAGCUCUGCUACAUCUACGAGGGACAUACCUACUUGAGCCACCUGAGUUCGCAGGGGCGUGAGGUGGUUAGGGAAAGAGAUUGUCAAAACCUUGUUCGUUUCUUCGCUUGCCCCUACCCUUCAUUCCUCUACUUACCCAGGUUCCGAAAUUGUAGGAAGGCACGCAAGAAACGAACCUUCUAGAGGGUACCCCACUCAGCAUCCCCUAUAUAUUUCAAGUUUUGACUCUUUAUUUGAGGUCGGUCCACUCACUGUUGUUGUAGUGUACAAGGUUGUAAACAGAUGUGUAAAAGCAAUGCAUAAGCUGUCUUCUUUUUC